CCUUCGAAGAAGCAAAUCAAGUAAUAUAGCCACCAUGUUCAAAUACGCCGUUGUUGUCCUCGCCCUCGUUGCCUGUGCUGCUGCCAAACCAGGACUCCUGGGUGCUCCUCUGGCCUACACUUCUCCCUUGGCCUAUACUGCUCCUCUGGCUUACUCUGCUCCUGCUGCAGUGGUGGCUGCUCCUGCUCCAGUCGUGACCGCCACCAGUAGCCAGGUGAUCGCCAGGAACUACAAUGGAAUCGCUGCUGCCCCCGUGAUUGCCCCCGUGGCUGCUCCAGUGGUCGCCAAGUACGCAGCUGCUCCUUUCGCCUACUCGUCCCCUCUCGCUUACACUUCUCCUCUGGCCUAUAAUGCGUUUCCCGCUGGCGCUCCAGUUCUUGUCUAAGCUUUAAAAUAAAUAUAAAAAUCAAAACAAACUCAAA